CCCGUCCCUCCCCUCCGCCGCUCCCGACGCUGCAGCCGCCACCUCCUCCUCCUCCUCCUCUCCGUCCCAACCCCCAGCCUCUCUCGCCCGCUCGCUCUCCAUCUCCUCUCACUGGCUCUCCCUUUCCCGCCGGCGGCCCUGGCAGAGUAGGCACCGCAGGGCGGAGGCGGGGGGGAAUCUCCAUGCAACACCAUGACAGGCAUCGCCGCCGCCUCCUUCUUCUCCAAUACCUGCCGCUUCGGGGGCUGCGGGCUUCACUUCCCAACCCUGGCGGAGCUCAUCGAACACAUCGAGGACAACCAUAUCGAUACGGACCCACGUGUAUUAGAAAAACAAGAAUUACAACAGCCUACAUAUGUUGCUCUCAGUUACAUUAAUAGGUUUAUGACUGAUGCCGCUCGACGGGAACAGGAAUCUCUCAAGAAAAAAAUCCAGCCUAAACUCUCCUUGACCUUAUCAAGCUCAGUGUCCCGUGGGAAUGUAUCUACUCCUCCACGUCACAGCAGUGGAAGCCUUACUCCACCUGUCACACCGCCCAUCACCCCGUCCUCCUCAUUUCGUAGUAGCACACCCACAGGUAGUGAAUAUGAUGAAGAAGAAGUAGACUAUGAAGAUUCAGAUAGUGAUGAGUCUUGGACUACAGAAAGUGCCAUCAGUUCUGAAGCUAUACUAAGUUCCAUGUGUAUGAAUGGAGGAGAUGAGAAACCUUUUGCUUGUCCUGUUCCUGGGUGUAAAAAGCGAUAUAAGAAUGUGAAUGGUAUAAAGUAUCAUGCCAAGAAUGGCCACAGGACACAGAUCCGGGUGCGGAAACCCUUCAAAUGCCGCUGUGGAAAGAGUUACAAGACAGCUCAGGGUCUGCGGCACCAUACAAUCAAUUUCCACCCACCAGUGUCUGCUGAGAUUAUCAGGAAGAUGCAGCAAUAAGAUGCUGGUCACAAAUGUGCCAAGGAAUCCUCACCAGCAGUUGCUGAUUUUGAAGACAGCCACCUUCUCUUGGGAAGCAUUGAGCAACCCUUUAAAGAAAUUAAAUGCAUGCUUUACAUUUUUUCUGUAAUUUUGGAAUGAUGUAUCUUUGUAGAGUUAAUGAUUUUGUACAUUUGCACAUGUAAUCAUCAUGCCCAUAUACAUUACUUUAAUAUAAAGGUGCUAAAAGCUACAGAUUUUUUUAAAGUAUUUUUCCUUUCCCCCACCCCCAAAGGAGAAUUAGGGAAUGUUGUAUAGUUAGCUGUUCUACAGUAUUAAAUAAGGAUGGGGGAGGAAAACUUGGCACUAGGAUAACUUCAAGAUUGUAAUGUGCUUGAAGAAAUUCAACACAUCAGUUCCUAUGUGCUUGCAAAACCAAAACAAUUCCCUAUUAUCCACCUGGUUAAUAUGCCUUAUGUAACAGAGAUAUCUGUAGGAUAGCAAGGUUAUAGGUAUUGGAAUUAUAAAUAAGAGAAUGUUUAACAUAUUCGAAGAAUAUUUUCAUACUCAAAUAACAUACAUAAAAGGUGUGCUUGCUGUAUUUUAUAUUAUCUUGCAAAUUCUUUUAGUCUUCUGAAAUGAAGAAAAUAUUUGCAUUUGAAUUAGUAGAUCACUCUACCAUUAGAAUUCCUACUUCUAGCUGUACAGGACGUAUGUUGUUUAAUGUUAAAAAUCCACCCAAAUUUCUGAGGACUGUGUUUUCCUGGUCCUGCUAUUGGCCUCUGCUAUCUACUACUAGCAGAUACUUGGAAAUGAAGUGCAAAUUUUAUGAGAGAAAUAAUCUUCAUCUUAGAUGGAGUCCUUAAAGCACUUUGUAGUUCUUCAUUGCCAACAAAUUUAAAUGUUUUAUGUUGCCAAUUCUUGCAACUAUUACUGUUGCAAAUAAAAAUGAGGCAUGUUUUUAAGAGGUACAAUAUUUGUGUUAAGGAAGUUUCUAGUUCCAUUUACAUUGUACCUUCGGAUUUGUGUGUAUGUAUGUAUGUAUGUAUAUAUGCAUAUAUACACAUAUAUAUAUACACACACACAUAUAUAACUGACUGUGCAUGGUUGCAUUCUACAGGUUAGCAUUACAUUUCUUUAUGAACUGUGAGACAUCAUGAGCCUUACUGAGAUGAAGCACUUUUUGAAGCAGGUAUUCCAAGGUAGACUUCUACCACAGAGUUCCUUAGGUCUAGACCACACCUGAAUGCUUCAUUUAUUUGAUGCUCUCCUGCCUUCAGCAUUCUCUUGUUUAAAGAAAUAGUGAAGGUUAACAGUUUUAGUAUGCAAAAGCUAAAUUAAUACAAACUUGGGAGUUUUGUCUCCCACAUGAGAAUAUGUUAAGUUUUACAAAUAAUCCUUUUCUGUGUAUUUUGUAUUUAUAUAUAAAUGACAUGGGAAAUACAAGUCUCUUUUCUUUUAGAUUAGAACAUGUAUAAACACUGAGUGGGCAAAGAUUCUUCACUAGGUAAGAAAGAUUUUUUUCCAACUAUCUAAGAUCUCUCAUAAUGAGGGUUUAAGAAGAUAUAAGAAGCUUCUUUUAGACAAAUUACCCUAAACCCACCUUCAGAAAAGUCAAUGUAUUAGCAACAGUAACAGUUUGAUAUAACAGAUAUCCUAAUAUAACAAUCUAUUGCUUAUACUUAAAGCUUUAUAUCCAUCUUCUAACAUUUUGACUUCAUUUAGCUGUGCUCUCAGUAAAAAGUACUGAGUAACCUAACCUAACCGUCAAAUAAUGUUGCAUGUCAAUUCUUUCCACUAUUACAAUCCAUUACUAUUUACAUAGUCAUUGUGGCAGUAUUAAACAGACGAAAAUGGAACUAUUUUGUUAUACUGUGUAUAGUGAAUGUAUUGUACUGUGUCUGUGAAAAUGUGCUUUAAAUUAUAUUUUCUUAUAUUUUGUUGGGGACAAAGUUCAUUAAGUUUGGAAGUCACACAAGGUUUGUUUUAGAACUGAGCACCAUGAAAUGCAUUGAAAUUUCUUUCCAUAAAAGCUGCUUACAAAUGUUAAUCAAAUCACAUUUAAUAAAUUGCCUCUGACCCAAAAGAAAAUUGGAUGUUAUUUCAUUAUCUCUGAUUGCUUUGCACUGUAAAGAUGCUAUACAUUACCAAGGCAUACAAUAAAUUGUUCUGUUUACUUAACAAUAUUUAAAAGUGGUAAAAGCAGGAAAUAAGUAGACAUAAGUAGAAUGUAGCACAGGUGAACUUUUACUAUAAUAAACAUACUACGCAAACAGGGAAUUUAUAAUUUAUAAACACAAUAGGAUUCUAUUAGUUAGGCAUCCAAUACAGCUCUAACCGACAGAAGAGCUAAUUCUUAACUGAAGAUAAUUUUUCUGAAAACUUGGAAAAACACAGUCUGAAAGGAGUAUUUGUAAGAGAUUAUAUAUUCACUGUCUGUUCAUGAUUACUAUCUAGCAAAGUGUGUUUUAUAAACCUUUCAAAGGCAAUAGAUUUGCUUACACUAAAACUCUAGUAGUCUAUGUGCUUUAGUACCAAUUAGAGCAAAAGCAGGCAUCAAAUAUGAAUAUUCUCACAAUUAUUAUUUGCACUGAAUCCCCAUAACUAGGACACAGGAAAAAUGGUGGUAGCCUAUAACGUUCUUAUAUUUAAUUGUUAUGAAAAAUAAUGCAAACUAUUCUCUCAGAAAAACAUCAAUUUGUAGGGGAGAAACACAUCUACAUGUUACUUAAGAAAAAAAUCUGUGACAUUGGCCUAGAUACAAAAAUCCUACUAUGAAAGGAUAUCCAAAUGCUACUAAGUGAAAGAGAGUUUUAUUCCAUUAAAGAGUGUUGGCAAUUUCUUCAUCUGCAAUUCUUUACACAAAAAGUUUUCCUAGAAGACUCUAGUAAGGUUUGACAGAGGUCUGGAAAACAUAAGGAGAUCAAAUGAAAUCACACAGUAUUUACUUUUUUGCCUUUAAUUUGGCUAUCAUACAACAUGAAAAGGUAAUAAUUUUAUCCAAAAGGAUCAAAUUAUUUAAGAUUUCUGCGACUCUUAAAAAUAUAGUGUUUUAGAUAUAUACACACAUACAACAUAUGUAAAGGAGAAAUGUGCCAAGUAAAGCAGAAGAGGCCAAAACUUCUGAUCCUCUGAAUGUAGCUUUGAACAUCUACUGAAGGACUUUAGAUACACAUUAAAAUUUUGUUAAGUACAAAUGAACAAAAAGGUUACAAUUUUAUUACACUUUACUAAUAGUUCUAAAUUCAGUCUUUUUAGUAGUUUUAGUAGUAUACCUGACAUUUUCAAAUUGGGAUAAUAAUAAUAAAGGUGAAUACUAUUGUAAGGCUUUUCUGCAAAACAUUUAAUCACAAAACAACUACAUUUCUGCAACAGAUAAAAAAACUUAUGUUGGAUAAAUUAUGCAGAAUUAACAGGGAUAGGAAAGAUAUACACAAAUUUAUUGAAAAACUUCAUUUUAUUAAGGAAUGAACUUUAAUAUGUUAGAACAAGCAAGAGGAAAACUGUCAUCGCACCACAAACUGAAUUCUGGAGAUUUCUAAACAAGUCUGCACAUUUCCUGUGUUCAUAUGAAUUGUUAGCCAAGGAAUAAAUAGUGACAGAUACAACAUAUUUGGGUGUGUUCUAGAUUAAGAAAUACUUGGUAAUCGGUCAAAGCUUUAUUCUAAUCAGCUGCAAUGCUGACCACUAUCUCUUUAAGCUUACACCAUUCAUGAAGCAUUCUCUUGUCUUAUAGAUCUUAAUCAACUUCUCCCUAUUAUGCUGCAUAAUGAUGCCCCAAACUAAUCAAAAUUUAAAACAUUAUGAUCAAAAUGUGUUUGAACAUGGUUUUCAAAAGUUUGCUGGUCAUAAUCAGGAGGAAACUGUUCACAGCACAUUGGACACACCUUCCAGUGACUUUCAACAUGUUCUUCAAACUUGGUUUGAUCAUAGUUAGGAGGAAACAUCACUUCACAGAGUGGACAUUUCUUGAUGUGCACAAAACUUGGAAUAAAAA